AUGCCUCAGAAUUACAUUCUAGAGGUUGAGGUGUUCAACUGUUGGGGAGUCGAUUUCGUGGGACCAUUCCCUUCGUCCUUCAAGAACGAGUACAUCCUCGUCGCUGUUGACUAUGAUUGGUCACUUCUGGACGAUGCAUUAUGGGCCUACAGAACAGCCUACAAAACGCCGCUGGGAACAAAUCUCUAUCACCUGGUCUACGGUAAAGCAUGUCACCUCCCUGCCGAGCUCGAAUACAAAGCUGCAUGGGUAGUCAAGUUACUGAUUUUCGACAUCAAGCCAGCAACCGAGCGACGCAUGAUCCAAAUCCAUGAGCUGGAAGAGAUAAGGCACCUCGCCUAUGAAAGCUCCAAAAUUUACAAGGAGAAGACCAAGGCCUACCAUGACAAGCACAUCAUUGCCAGACAUUUCGAACCAAAUGAUAAGGUCUUGCUUUUCAAUUCAAGGUUGAGGUUGUUCCCAGGCAAGCUGAAGUCUAGAUGGUCCGGACCCUUCACUGUUAAGGAAGUUCGACCCUACGGAGCUGUUGUGUUACUGGACAGAAAAGGAGACGAGUUCGUAGUGAAUGGGCAGCGCUUAAAGCAUUACCUUGCCGACUCCAUUAUCGCAGAGGGCAAAGAAAUUCCCCUAAGCGAUCCCCCAUCAGCCUAA